ACAGCUCCUGAAGACUAUUCCGCAGUUUCUAUAACUAGAGCCAUCCCUGUAAAUUUCCAGCCAGGGCAAUCAUCUACAACAGUCACCGUUCCCAUUCUGAACGAUGAGGCAAUUGAACCAGACGAGGCAUUCUUUGGCAGACUACAAAGUACAGGAAUAGGAGAUGUGUCCAUCACCCAAGACAGAGCUGAAAUCAUCAUCGUCAAUGAUGAUGAGGAGUCAGCAGUAGUAUCCCUAAGUCCGCUGACAUAUGAAGUUGUUGAAUCCGAUGGAAUUGUGAACAUUGUACUUACAAAGACUGGAAAUUUCCAAAGGCCAAUUGCAGGAACCCUCACAACAGCAACAGUGUCUGCUGGAGCACUUGACUACAUUGAUGGACAGUAUCAAUUUGUGAUUCAACCUGAACAGCAGCAAGUCACCAUCCCCAUCAACAUUACUGAUGACACUACGGUUGAGCAGUUGAGGGAGCAGUUCUCAGUGAGCCUUUCCCUUCAGCCACAGGCUGGACUUAGCCUCGGCAAUGCUCAGGGAGCUGUUACAAUUGUGGAUGAUGAUGUUGAGAUUGGAUUUAAUCCGGCCCAGUAUCGGGUAAAUGAGCGAGAGAGGCUGGUGACAUUCGAAGUGGAAAACAGGAAUCCAGAAAGGGGUGGAGAGUACACAGUGCAAUUCGUUACAGUCCCAGGAUCAGCCGUAGAAUCAACAAAUGGAGCAAAUGGUGAUUAUUUGAGAACAGAACAAGCGGUGACAUUUUCACAAGGAGAUGAACAGCAGACAGUGACUGUACAAAUCAUUGAUGACACCUUUUUUGAGAUCGUAGAGGAGUUUACAGCUCAACUAUUUUCUUCUGAUAGGAGAGUUAACAUUGUUGUAUCUGAAGCUACAGCAGAAAUUGUGGACAAUGAUAAUGCACUUGAGGUUUCUAUUAGCCCCCUUGGAUAUGAAGUAGACGAGUCGGCUGGUGUUGUACAGGUAACAGUUCAAAAGUCUGGGAUAUUUCCAACUCCUGUAACAGGAACAAUAACUGCAUCAACUGGCACAGCAGGAUCCACCGACUUCACUGGUGGAUCAUACCCAUUCACGAUUGGGCCAAAUGAGCAGCAGACAACAGUCAGCAUUCCCAUCCUCAACGAUGACAUUGUCGAGCAGUUGAGAGAACUGUUUUCUCUCUCUCUCACCAUCCGACCUCAACCCGGACUGGAAGUGGGAAAUAGUAUGACUUCGGUCACUAUCAUAGACGAUGAUGGUAUUGUCAUCAGCCUGGAACCAUCAACUCAGACUGUGACCGAAGGGUCUGAUGCUGUCUUUAGAAUCGUGGCCACAGGAGACUCGGAAUUGCCGUACUCAGUUACGUUCGAGACUGAAGAUGGAAGUGCUCGCGCACCUGGGGACUACAGAUCUGCUUCUCUCACACUGACAAGGACACAACUACAGGGAGACGGGUUCCAGGUCAGAAUUCCGGUGCAGGAUGACAACGUGGUGGAGGCAACGGAGCGUUUCCUGGGCCGUCUCCAACUCACUCAGCAAUCAGUCGAUCUCGGUGUUGUUAGUUUGGGCCAAAGCAUGGGCGAAGUAACUAUUACUGACAAUGAUGUUGCUGAUAUUGGGUUUGCUCCUUCCGCCUACUCUGUGACAGAAGACUCUGGAAGUGUUAUAUUCUUCAUACAAAAUCAAAACCCUGACAUUCAGAGAGAAGUUGUCGUGGAGUUCAUGACAGUCGGAGGAACAGCAACUGAUGGAAGUGACUACAUUGGAACAACAGAGACGGUUACAUUCAUGCCUGGUCAAACCUUGUCUAUUGUACAAGUAAUGAUCGUUGAUGACAGUGUGUAUGAGGGAAUACAGGAUUUCUCGGCUGUUUUAACAACCACCGACAGCAGUGUGAACAUCUUUGAGCCAGAUGCCACUGCUCAAAUUACGGACGACGAUGAGAUUGUAAUUCAGUUCAACCCAAGUUUCUACACUGUGACAGAAAGUGGAUCCACGGAGCUUGUGAUUGAGAAGAUAGGAACGUCAGAAGAGCCAGUAACUGUGUCACUCACAACACAGACUGGAACUGCAACCAGCUCAGAUUUUGUGCAGAUCUCAAAUCGACCAGUGACAUUUGGAACUUCUGAUUCUGAGAGAAGGGUGACAAUUCAAACCAACGCUGACAACCUGGUGGAAGGAGACGAGAUGUUCACAGUUACUCUUGCACCGAUAUCAGAUCGAGUAAUUAUUACUGAAGAUUCUGCUGACAUCACUAUCGAAGAAACAGCAAACGUUUUGGUGGAGUUCCAGCCAAAUUCAUACACUGUAUGUGAAGACGAUGGAAUUGUGAGCUUUGUUCUUGUGAAGAGGACACCUACAACUCAGGAGGUGACGGUCCAGAUUUCAACAGUCGGUGGAUCAGCAACUUCAGGAUCAGACUAUUCUCCUUUGAUUAAUGAAGAGGUGACUUUUGGGCCAUCCGAAACUAUCAAGUUUGUGAUGGUGCCCAUAACUGAAGACAAUGUGUUUGAAGGUGAAGAAUCAUUCACAGCCACACUGUCACUAGUUCCCGGCUCCAGUGGUGUUGAGAUUGGUCAGCAAGGCACUGCCACUACAACUAUUGUUGAUGAUAUAAUAGUCUCCUUCUCUUCCCCGGAAAUUGUAACACCGGAGAAUAGGGGAAGUGUGGAAGUAUGUCUGACAGCAAGUGAAGUUUUAUCUCAACCACUGACAGUGGUAGUCCUCGCACAAGAAAGGGUACCAGCUGAUGCGGGAGAUGGUGUAGAUUUCAGUGGUGGUGAGUACAGAAUCGAGAUACCAUCUGGCACAAGGGAGCACUGCGCUAACAUUUCUGUGAUUGAUGACUCACUUGCAUUUGAGGGUGACGAAGUCUUUGUGGUCAAAUUUGACAUAAGUCAGUUACCGGAGGGUGUAGAGCCAGGCCCAAGCAAUAAUAUCUCUGUUGUGAGAAUCAUAGACGAUGAUGUCGUCAGUGUAUUCUUUGAUCGAGAUAGAUAUCAAGUGACAGAAAACGAUGGGCCAGUAGAGGUUUGUGUAAGGAGAGAGGGAGAUGCUACAGAGAGCUUUACCAUAAACGUGGCCACCACUGAAAGCAAUCCUGUGCAAGCGCAAGCCGGCAGUGAUUAUGUACCAGUGGCCACCACACUGACUUUCAAUCCCGAGGAUGAAGAACAAUGCUUCCAAGUGUUUGUGUUGAUUGAUGAGCUGAACGAGGGGAAAGAGGAUUUCGUAGUGGAUAUAACUUCAGUUCCCGAUGGUGUUCUGAUUAGUCAACCUGAUGAUGCCGUUGUUUCAAUUCUUGAUGCAAACAUCGUAACGGUAGAAUUUGGCUCACCAAACUACUCUGUGCCUGAGAAUGAAGGCACUAUUAGUGUGUGUCUGACAACUAAUAUUGGCAGUGACCAGCCACUCAGUGUCAUUGUUGGUACUGCUCCCAAAACAGCUACAGUUACAAUCAACUUUGGUUCAUCAACAUACACUGUAAAUGAAAACGGCGGCAGUGUGAGUGUGUGUCUCACUACCAGUGGGAGCAGCAACGAACCCCUCACCGUGAUUGUAUCUGCUUCUCCAACAACAGCAUCAGCCAACACAGACUAUUCAUUCAGUACCCGGGUUGUGACAAUACCACCUUCAAGUGCCGCUUCUGAGUUUUGCUUUGAUGUGGACAUUAGUGACGACAGUGUUGUCGAGCCAAAUGAAGAAUUCGUGUUGAAUUUCCGAGUUCCAACUGGUAUUGAUGGCGAGGCUGGGUCUAUUGCCUCUACCACUGUCACAAUUGUGGAUGACGAUGCCACUUCUGGACCGACCGAAAAUUGCUUUGAAGUACCGAUCCUUGAUGACAGUAUUGUUGAAGAUAACGAAGAGUUCCUUGUGAACUUCCGGAUUGCAUCUGGGUCAAACGCUGUUCCUGGGAGUGUUAGCUCCACAUGUAUCACCAUUAUUGAUGACGACCAGGUGGCAGUGGUGGAGUUUGAAGAACCAGCUUACACAGUGUCUGAAGAUGACGGUGAAGUGGAGGUGUGUCUCCGGAUGAGUGGCAUGAUCGGCACACCAGCCGUAGUACAGCUGCUUGCUAUUCCAGAUACCGCUGAAGCUGGUCUGGACUACGUUCCUGGUAUUUUGAACUUUGUAAAUUUCCAGCCUCCUGGAGACUCGGUUGUGUGUACCAGCUUUGAAAUCAUUGACGACCUACUGGGACUGGAAGAUGUCGAGAGAUUCUUUAUUGAUGUUGUUGCAUUUGAAGGACCAGUAGAAAUUGGAAGGAUCAAUCGUACUGUUAUCAGCAUUGAAGAUAAUGACAUUGUCAGUGUCAGGCCAUCUACUGAGAAUGAAAUUGUCUUAGAGUCAGAGGGAAUGGUAGAAGUUUGUCUAAUGAAGAAUAUCAAUACGACUCAACCAAUUCAAGUUAACGUUGUCGUGCAAGAAACUUCAUCUUCUUCAAAUCAAGCAACAGCUGGCUCUGACUUUAUCCCAUUAACCUCCAACAUUGUUUUCGGACCACUUGACCGUGAGGUGUGCACCAAAGUCGACAUCAUCAAUGAUGACAUCAUUAACGAGAUUCCAGAAGAGUUUGAAGUGUCAUUCCGGGUGAUACAGCCAGUGGAGGGUAUUGAGGUCCCUAACACUAUCUCAACUGUGACAAUCAUAGACGAUGACGUUGAUGCCAAACUGGUGAACGACACAGUGAUUGCUGAUCCACUGUUCACGGCCCCAGUGGUAGGCGGUGGCCAGUUCUGCUAUGAGAUUCACGGGAAACCAGACACAAUCUUCAACUUGGUGUCAGAUAGAUGCACACUGGUGAAUGCACACUACGUAGCCAUGAACAUGGCCGAGAACGGGAACAUUAUCGGAGCAGUAGGCAUCAGAUCGGCCGAUGCCGACGGAAACUGCCACACUAUAGAAGUACGUUUGUCACAGCCUGGUUCAAGUUCUCCCAUGGAAGUUCUGGUGGAUGGUGUAGAGGUGUCUGGAGUGACACAGAGAGACUCUGUGAGAGUUCGCGCAUACUCGAAUCGAGUUCGUAUAUCGGUGCCCAACUGCGAGCUGGUCGACCUGGUCAUGUGGGUGAUACACAUGGAGAUGGAUGGUCAACAUAUGCUCAAGUACGUCAUCAUGAGAGGCUGCAACCUUGCUCCAACUUCUCAUGGGCUUGUUGGUCAGUUUUGGAACAUUCCUGUAAUGGUGACCAAAUACAGUGGCCCACUGGACCCGGAAUACGAGUCGGAUCGAGACGCUCUAUACCUCAUCACUGUUACUCCCAUCACUGGCAACACCAGAAGCUUCCUGGGAGAACUGAAUAAUAUGUCGUGGGACCGAAAGUCUGGUCCCUGCUACUAUGUUGGAAAUGGUCAAGGUGGACGCACAGCCGAGAGGGAAGAAAAUGAGUCUGUGAUUGAGGGGCGGUACACAGAUUACCAAGUACAGGGUCUCUUUGAUGAAAAAUUUGCUUUCUCGCAGUUUGAGAAAGAAAGAUGUACUGAAGCAGCUUGAGCACAAUCUUUUGGACAGUAGCUAGCUAGUAGAACCCAAAAGGAAGACAUUUUUUUAUCACUCUGUCUUUAUCAUCAUCUACCAUGUCACGUAGAACCAAUGUGUUUGUUCUAUAUAAUUAUGAUACAGUAAAUACGAGAA